GAAUAAUAUAUAUAUAUAUAGAGAGAGAGAGAGUAAAUACACCGCUACAAUGUCGGAAGAAGUAGAUCGCAACGAUCCCGAGCUGAAAUACCUUUCGGUGGAACGGAACCAAUACAAUGAUCCGGCCACACAGGCGGAAUGGACACAGAAGCGCCUGGUCUGGGUGCCCCACGAGAAUCAGGGUAUGCAUUGUUGCUUGCAUUUUUCCGCAACAUGGAACGCGAUUAUUGCUUUCCGCCAAUGAAAAUUAUGGCAGGAAACGGCUG